GUACAGUCUUGGUUAAAAAGAAGAGUCUGUGGAUAUAUCAAUAGAGCAUAACAAGUAAUUGUUUUACUAACGUUAUUGUCACCAUUUUCACGACAAAUAUAAGAAAUGUAGUGUGAUUGAUAGCGUCAGUUAACGCACCAGUCACAGUUGGAACUCAAACUGGUAAGACUUAACUGAAGGCAACAUUCGUAUGUGGCGUUGACUAGAAAACUAGUCCGUGUUCACUUAAAGGACUGCCCCAACUUUGACGUGUGUUUUCCUCCUGACUUUUUUAAUGACACACAUGGUUAUUAACUAGCUGAAGAUGUUCACUUCAUCUUGGAAUCGCGUGGGAAGUUUAACAGAAGCCACAAGUUGUUGUUUGGACAAGAACAAGUACUUGUAAGCAAAAGCCCGAAACGAGCUAACAAACAUUUAAGCUAGCUCUUUGUUGACUGCCAACUGUCAAAACUUCCGUCAAAAAACGUCAACUUCACGACUUUUAAUAGCCGCUAAAAACGCUACAUUUUUUUCUUAAAUCGGCGUUUCUGCAACUGUGAGAUGACAGCAAAAGGAGGAUUCACCGGACCACCGAUGAACCCGAGCGUGAACCCCAUGAAUAUUGGACACGCUGCCGGCUUGAGGAUGCCCGGAAUGCCGCAAACUCCUGGAGGGUUCCCCCGCUCCAUGACCGGCGCACCCCAGUACCCCCAGCGUCCAGGGAUGACACUGAACAGAGUUGGCGGCCACAUGGGGUCAAUGGGUGGUCAGCUCCCAGGUCCCUCUUAUGGUGCUGGCGGUGGCGUCGGCAUGCCCAUGCGCCCGAGCAUGGGGCCUCCAUCCUUGGAUGUGUCUCGGAAGCGGUUAUUUCAUCACCACCACCACCACCAUCAACAACAACAGCAGCAGCAAGAGGCACUUGGCAGAAGAGGGGCAAAAAGACGUAAGAUGGCAGACAAGGUUCUCCCACAGAGAAUCAGAGACCUGGUCCCAGAGUCCCAGGCCUACAUGGACCUCUUGGCUUUUGAGAGGAAACUGGACCAGACCAUCGCCCGUAAACGUAUGGAGAUACAGGAGGCUAUCAAGAAGCCCAUAAUGCAAAAACGCAAGCUGAGGAUCUACAUUUCCAACACGUACACCCCUUGCAAGCCUGAGGGUGAGGAGGCAGAGAAGGUGUCCUCCUGGGAAUUGAGAGUGGAAGGAAAACUUCUGGAGGAACCUGGCAAACAGAAGAGGAAGUUCUCAUCUUUCUUCAAGAGCCUGGUCAUCGAGCUCGAUAAGGAGCUUUAUGGACCCGACAACCACUUGGUGGAGUGGCACAGAAUGCCCACCACUCAGGAGACUGACGGUUUCCAGGUGAAAAGACCCGGUGACGUGAACGUCAAAUGCACCCUUCUGCUCAUGCUUGACCACCAGCCUCCUCAGUACAAACUGGAUCUACGACUAGCUCGUCUGCUUGGCGUGCACACGCAGACGCGGUCCAGCAUCAUGCAGGCUCUUUGGCUCUACAUCAAGAACAACAAGCUGCAAGAUAGUCAUGAGAAGGAGUACAUCAACUGCAAUCGCUACUUUAGACAAAUUUUCAGCUGCUCUCGCAUGAGGUUCUGUGAGAUUCCUAUGAAGCUGGCUGGGCUUCUCCAGCACCCUGACCCCAUUGUUAUUAAUCACAUGAUCAGCGUGGACCCCAAUGACCAGAAGAAGACGGCAUGCUACGACAUCGAUGUGGAGGUGGACGACCCUCUGAAGGCCCAAAUGAGCAGCUUCUUGUCCUCUACGACCAACCAGCAGGAAAUCGCCGCAUUGGAGAUGAAGAUACACGAGACGAUCGAGUACAUCAACCAGCUGAAGACAGAGAGAGACUUCAUGUUGAGCUUCAGCAACAACCCUCAGGACUUCAUCCAGGACUGGCUCAAGUCUCAGUGCAGAGAUCUGAAGUUGAUGACAGACGUGACGGGGAAUCCAGAGGAGGAGAGAAGGACUGAGUUCUACCAGGCGCCAUGGAUGCCUGAGGCAGUAGGCAGAUACAUCUACUUCAAAGUGCAGCAGAAGAAACAAGAGUUGGAGCAGGUUCUAGGGAUCAGACUCAGCUAAACACAUCUCCACAGUGGUGUCACAAUCAUUGAUCCAGUUUACAUGUACAUUCCUAUUCUAGCUUCUGAAUGCAAGUAUCCUGCACCAAAGCCAUUUCAAAUGUCGUAAUGUUCUUUUUUUGCCCUGUAUUGAGCCUCUUCUGCAAUAUCGUGUUUAUGGUACAAUGCUUUUAGCGUCGGUGCUGGCUGGGCCUCUCUUACUAGCACUCUUAAUUUGAAAGGGUGUCUGUUGAUCUAUUGUAUGUUUGAAAGUCAUAUCAUUUUGUUAUGUGCUAAUACUUUCUGCACACUUUGAAGCCAUGGCAGAAUUUUUUUAUGGUAGGAUAUUUUUAUGUAGAACAAUAUAUGUUUUGCAUGCAAAAUAAUACUUUUUUCAGGGGAAUGGUUUGUCUUUUUUUUUUUUUUUACAUACUGAAUAUUUGCAUGUUGUUAUAAUGUUGCGUCUGACAAUCUGUGAUUUUUUUCUUGUUGCAAGUGGGUUAAUUACUUUCUACGUUGCAUAUUUGCUAAAUUGUUUGGUACAGAAGGCACUUAGAAUUUGAUAACAUCCAAAAAGUAGCAACAUUUAUCUUUUAUACAUUUGGAAUAUUUUGUACAAUAAACAU